AUGACAUCUCUAUCUCUGUAUACUAUAAUAAUACUUCUCACAAUGCUCAUAUUCAUUCCCCCUCAAGCUGUCAGCAGUAAGAAAAUCAGUGCUGCUCUCGAUAUUCAGCUUCCGGGACAUGCAGCGCUUCGCACACACAAGUGGAUUUGUGCACCAAUAGACAAAUCACCAUCAAAAAUGGACACAUCAAUACCUGGAGUGUAUAUUUUCUUCCAGUCCUUCCAACAAAAUGGAAUAGCACAUCUUGUUCCAGCAUAUAUUGGGAGCUCAACUUAUAGCAUAUACAGUACGUUUCAUAAGUUAUGGCCACCCCCUGAGCAAACAGAUAGG